AUGGGAAUAUCCAAAGUGUGCUGUCGAUGUUCUACAGAACCAAAUUCAGAAGUUCGAACUCCAGUUCUCCGACGUUUUUCCUGUGGAGUAGGAAGCGUAUUGAAUGAAAUCCAAAGCCGGCUUAUUUCGUUCCGUCUAGUUUUCUUCAUGAAUGUCGUAGGACUCUCCGCGACUGAAGCUGGCGUGCUGGCACUAUACGGGAAGAUUUCCCAGGCCCCAGCCACACCUCUUUGCACGUUUUUGGAAGAACGAAUUAAGAUCCCAUUUUUGUCCCGAAAACUCGGAAGAAGAAAGUCUUGGCAUUUCAUUGGAACAAUGCUGUUAACAAUCGUCCUACCACUCUACUUUGGACCUUGUUUUCCUUGUAAGAGUGAUGGUGGACAUUGGCAACUGAUGGUGUACAUUCUGACAUUGAGCACAGUUCUGUCAACUAGCGUUAGCUUGAUAGAACUUGGACAUCUGACGCUCAUUCCUAUUAUUGCAAAGAAUCAAGCAGAGGCCAUUGAACUGACUGCAUUAAGGUUUGUUUUCCCUUAACCUGCUGUUCAAAUUCACUUUCAAUUUAUAAAAUUUAAUGUACUCUUCUACCUAUGAAUUAAAGCUCUUGCAGAGGUAAAGUGAGAGAUUAUAUUCGUUAUUAGAGAGUUGCAAUAAGGCAUUUAACCUUGUCACCUGUUAGGCCCGGUUCAGACGCCGCUCCACUCAUGUGCCGAACCUAACUGAUGAAUUAAGUACGGCAAAAGAGCGGCGUCUGAAUCAAUUUGGUACGGCAGUUUUAGUUUGGUGUGGCAAAAGCGUUAAGUUGGACAGAGUCUGUCGAACUUUUGUCGAACUUAACUUAGGUUCGACACACGGUACGCCGUCUGAAUCAGAUUUCGCCCCAGUAUCACUCCAAAGUCGAACUUAUUCAUUUAGGUUCGGCACAUGAAAAGUACGGCGUCUGAACCAGGCCUUAGUAAACUAAAUAAGGCCCGGUUCAGACGCCGUACUUUUCAUGAGCCGAACCUAAUACAUUGAAUUAGGUACAUGAAAAGUUCGGCGUCUGAAUCAAUUAGGAACGCCUGUUUCAAUUUGGAACGGCUCAGCCGUUCUUUUCGCCUAGCCCGGCCGGCAAUUUCGCCUUUGGAUCGACUUUGGAACGCCUUUGAUUCAGACGCCGAACUUUUUAUGUACCGAACCAAAUGCAGUAAUUCUUGUAACGUAUUUUGUAACCAGUUUGACCGAAAUGCGCGUUUUUCGCCUUCUGAAUUUAGUUCUUCUGGAAUUAAGAUCGGCGUCUGAAUCACUUUAGCCGGUCUAAAUAAUUUGGGUCGGCCUUAAUUCGAAUUAGGUUCGGCUCAUGAAAAGUUCGGCGUCUGAACCGGGCCUAAAAUUACAAUCGACCCGCUCUCUGUUAAAGGGUCUUCCCCAUGUAGCGAUCACUUACUAAAGUCAGUUCGACAAAAUUGUCAAGAAAUCAAUGCGAAUAAAACCUCUACUAACCGCUUAUUGAUAAGCCUUAAUGAUUAUUACAAAAUUUCUCUUUAUAUCAUUGAUGAUGUACAAUAGCGUGUUUUCAUUCACGUGGCCAGCAGCAAUGUAAAUUUGUUGGGAAAAAACCAAAGUUUUUCCAUAAGGAAAAGGUUCACUUUCCUACAGGUUUAAUUUAAAAAAAAAAAAAAACACGUCUCUUGCUUUGGACUAGCAAUAUGGCGGACGUGACGUCAUGUAAAAACGCUCUAUCAGGGACGGGUAAUGAUCAAAUAAGGACAUUAUUGCCCAAGAACAUUUCUUACGAUAUUUUAACGAAUUGACUCUCCCCUGAAUUUUCCUAAAGAAACGUAUGGGACAAGAAAGAAGAUUUUCUUUGUAUUUGUCUGAAUAUAUUGGGUUAAAGAUUUAAUAGAGGUUAGAUGGACCUCAACAAGUUUAUCUGUUUUUACUGAGGCGUGCCUAAUAUGUGACGAUAUAGUUCUGGCCGGAUUUUUGAAAACGUUACUGCCAAAUUAAAUGGACCUUUCUCCAAAGCAGCCAUUUUAAAAACUAAGAGUGCAACCAUUGCUUUUUCUCUUCUCCUCCUUUCCUCCUUAUCGCACACAGUUUCUUUUGCUCCUUUCCUUUUCGUGUGGUUUUGCAGCUUAUCGGGUCCAAUUCCAAAAAGCCUUACCUUUUGACGCCUUUUAACUCAAAUGACUGCAAUUUUUGCUAUGGGUUGGUUUUCAAAAAAUCGUCUAGAGUUAUAUGAAUGUAUUUCUCCCAAUCACCUCUUCCUCCCUUCCUCUUAACUUCCGACUCAUAUGUAAUUAAAGCAUUUACGAUGAUUUAUCACGUUUUGAUACAAUAUACCUUAUGUCAUAUCACGUGGUUGAUUUACAGGACAAUGUUUCAGUUCUUGGAUGGGGUCGCUACUUACCUUGUCGCUUGGGCAAUUUUGGGGCAGGACAGUGCCAGCCAAAUUACAGCAGAGAGCUCCAUGGGCUUUAUGGUAAAAGUUGUUGAAUUAACAUCAAAAGCACCUCAAAGCUAAGCCAAACAUGAAUUGUAUUUCUUUCCUUUCGAAGGUUUUGACACUUAUCAUGGUGGGAGUAGGUUUUAUUCUGUCUAUGAUAUUUCAUGCUGGAACCAAAGAGCCUCCGGAAGUAGUUGUCAACGGGCAGUCAACCAAAAGUGAAGCUAUGGUAAUGGUGAACUUCUAUUGUAGCGACCAAUCAAAAUCUAUCAUUCUUUAAAAUAUCUUUAAAAUACGGUUAUUCAAUUUAUAAUUGUUGGAGAGCUGUUAUCCAUUUCACGCAAAUGUGCUGAUAUCUAUUUAAAUCUAAAAUCCCUUUGUUAUUUCAAAAAAUUAUGGAAUGUUGUUUUAAUUAUUAUUAUUAUUUCUUUUUUUUCAGAGGAAGUCUUCUUUUGUUUCUCCAUCAUACCCCAGUUUACAGUCGAUGACAUACAUGAAAACAGGUGCGCAAGCGCAUUUAAUUUAACCCAUACGUGCGAAAUUAGUGGUAUGUACAUCUGUCUGAUUUCGUUAAAACGUGGCCACUGGGUUUUCGCCUGACGCCGGGCGCAGCCCGGCUCCAGGCCAGUCCGGCGGCCAAAAAUGUAGGGGGCUUGACGUCUUGGUCGGUACAGCUGGAUAGCCCAGAGACUGCCCUAACAGUGGGUGGGUGGAUCAGGCCUUGGGGUCAAAACCAGUGGGGUAAGGAGGGGGCAGUUUUGACACAACUCCUUCAGUAAGCAACAGUGUUCAGUGCAUGCUUUGACUGGCGAGUACCUUGGUCUUAAUUUGCCCUAGCCAGCUGAAUUAGGCCUCUGCUGAGAAUGAUUAUCAUGAUAAUUGCAGAGCUCAGUGGGAGGCGCAGACAGUCACCCAUUGUCCUGGGUGGGGAGGGUCAAAGUCUUGGUACCAAGGACGCACUUAGCAUAGGACCUUUAGACACUCACUGAAGCCAUGUUUUCAUAAAUCCAGUCAGAAAUACUAGUUAUUCGUUUAUACUUUCUUGACCAAAAUUGCAUGAAAACUGUUCUGUGUUGCUUUCGGGUUUCCAGCAACACCACGAACUAGUUAUUAAAACACCUUAUGAGUAUUCAAACUACUUGUGUCAGCCGAAGUGACAUAUUAAUUUCUUAGCCCUAUAAAGUUACAACUUUUAAGACCUUCUGCACAGGUCACCAUUAUAAGUUUCCUAAUUAACCUGUAAAUGUUUCUUAUAACAAAUAAAUAAAUAAACAGAAUGGAAUCAUGAAAUUAAUUGCGAGCUGGAGUGAUCAAAUUGCUCAAAUACAUUUUGUUUUACUCAUCAGAAGAGCCAUUUAAUUGGUAAAUAGUGUUUUAAAAAUGAUCUAAAAACUAUCAUUAUGCCAAUUUUUUCAUCACACUUUUUAAAAUCCAGUCCAGAUUUUUUUUUGGAAUUGGCACUUAGACAUGAAGUCACUAACUUAUCUACUUUAGAUUUGUACCCCGCCAAGGAAAUAAUGCGUGACAGAUUCAUUGACAGUUUAAAGAAAAAGGGAGAAACAGAAUUCGAAGUGGAAAAUCAUACCAGGAAAAAGAGUUUUGUAAGGCACUUUAUCAAGCCCAUGUUUUCGGGAGAUGAGAACGAGAAGAAUGCAGCUGACGAAAGCUCUUCUGGUGAAGAUGGAUUCAGAGGGACGAUUUCCAAAGACUCUUUCGAUGAGAAUCGGAUCGAUGAUUCGACAGUGUUGAAGAUUGUCAAGGAGUUGCCACCAGAGCAUAAGAUGAGCGUCGUUAUGAGUACAUGUUAUGAAUUGGCUGGAUUAAAGGAACAUUUGCCGAUUGUUGAAAAAGGAAGCUGGGGUCUUAAACCUACGGAAAUGAGCAAUUCCAACGAGAAAAUUUGUACAGAAGUGCAAAGCGAUCACACCGAUAUAACUAAUGAGUCCUUUGGUAGUGAAACUGAAGUGAGUCCAUAUCAUCUUGACCAUGAGACCAGCAAGACUAGCAUCGGAGACGAUGGUACCUUACCUCAAGCUAUAGGAAACAACGAAAAGACUUUAGUUAUCUCAGAUGAUCCUGAAUCAGCUCCUCCAGUUGCCCCUGCGCCCAAAACAGUGACAGCCUAG